AGGGGGCAGUAGUGCGCCACUGAGCCGAGUCGGAAAAACGCCAAGUGAGCGAAACUUGAAUCUGUUUAUCUUCGCUUUGACGAAGAUAAACCCCAUUUCACUCAUUUUGUUACAAUUUACAAUUUGUAGAAUUACAAUUUAACAUACAACUAGCUAAAGUUGUACCUUGAAACAACUAGAACGUCAAACGGUCUACUCCCAGAGAAAGCGUUAUUCGCGACCAUGUUUGGUUGCCAAGCGAAAGCGGUUCGGGACAAAGCUCCGAUCCGGCGAAGACAAGUGCACCGAACCAACCAGGUGAUGGCCGAGAGAAACCAGGCGGUGGUGGCAGUGGGAGCCUGGGUGGAGGACGGAAAGGAGUUUGAGGAGCAUCCGUGUGACGUGGCUUAUUUCACUGAUGAGCUCCAGGCAGAAAAGAUGAGGGAGCGCGAAGAGAAGCUCCGUCGGUUUCAAGCGAAAGUGCGCCAUCGUGUGGCUGCCAUCUGCAAGCGGCGACACCAGGAAGCACAAUCUGGGGUGAACGUUGACUGGAGAAUCCCCAAACAGCAUCACCCCUGGACUCAAAGGGAGACAGCCAUUAGGGAGCUCCAUGACGGGGCGAGGCAGGUCAGACUCAGACUGGCAGCUCGUGGGACGAACCUAUGUGACGAGGUGACACCAGAGCUUCCCGCAGACGACUGGAACAUCACACACGUUAGACAUAGUGCUGAAUCCGAUGUCCCGUGGGAGGAGCAGGAAGCACAGGAGGAUUACGAUGUUCAGGAGGAAGAUGAAGAUGAUGGAGAUGAUUUGCUGGUCCUCAGAGAAGAACACAAAUGCCCGCUUGUUCGGCACCCAGCGAGCAGGAGUAGACGUGUCGUGACCAGACGUGAGCGGGAUGUGGACACACCGGAGUCUGACGCUGAUCUCAAGUCCAGCAUCGGAGUGCCGAAGUUCCUGCGGCCUCUACCGGAUCAGGAAGAGUUGAAAAGACAGCGUUUGUCUCAGUUCCUGAUGCACCGCCGCCACUGCAUGAGCACUGAGAGGGAGCGAGUGAAAGAGAACAAGCAGCACAGGAAGCACCUGAAGAAGACGGCGAGGAUCAAAGCAGAGAAGGAAAAGGCUCGCCUGGAGGAGGAGCGCCGGCUGGAGCAAAUACGGCAGCUGAAUGAGGUCAGACAGCGGCUGGAAGAGCGAGAGACGCUCGUCCUGGAGCGCCUCAAGCUGGAGGAGGAGGAGAGAGCCGCCAAGCUGGAGAGGAGAAAAAGGUCGGAGAAGGGGAAAGUGACCACCAGGUACAUCGACGCCCUGAGAGCUCAACUGAAGCAGCGGAUGUCCAACAAGAAACUGGACCUUCCUCCCCUCUGCUGCUGUGCAUCCUCCUUCUGGGACUCGCACCCGGACUCAUGCGCCAACAACUGUAUCUUCUACAACAAUCCCAAAGAGUAUGCACAGACGUUACAUUCAGCAUUGUUGACUUUGGAUCUACAGUAAAAGGAUGUGAAGGGCUGACAACCAGAUUGGGUCACUGAGAUGUUGUUAUUUGUUGUCUGUGAAUAUGUGCCUUAAACCCGCAGUGCGUCGAAUGACCUGGAGGGGGGCGACACCAGCAGUCACAUAUCAGUUUGACCAGCCUUUGAAAUUGACAGCACGUGGAUGUGGUUUGAUAGAUUUUAAUAAUCCUCCUCAUGAAGGCAAUCAGCUUUUUUUUAAAUAGUGGAUUGCCUUUGUGAUUAGUUGUUCCAUUAUGAUUUUAGGAAUAAUUUUUUCUCCAUUGGUUAGGGUCAUUUCUUGACAACCCCCCAAACCACUGAGUACACAACAUAAUUUGAAUUUGUCAUUCAUUGAAUCAAAUUACAAAUGAUGUACAUGUCUCAAUGUCUAAGUCCAUCUUUGCAAAUGAUUCAUUCCUGUUAGCCUACAUUUAGCACACAGUUAGAUCUGGUUCAUUUAAACCGAUUUUUCAUUCUCAGGUCUAAUGGCUCUUCUCUCCAAACAUGUCAGCAUUUUUUGAUUAUAUGAGUGAUCAUAUGCAACAAUAAAAAAACAAUAUUCUGUAAUACUAUAUAUGAAUCUCUUGAAACAUUAGAUUGAUUAUUCUGUCUUUAGUCUGGUGAAACUAGUAUGAUAGAAAGACAGAAAGGAGUGUGAGAAUGCCCAGGAGGGUGUUUUAUUUUCAACACUCUCGGUGACAUAUAAUUUUACUUUGUGUGUGAACAAAAAAGACUUCAAUGUGUGAUGUCAAACCUUGGAGGCGACAGUUACCAUGAAAUGUUUCACUUUUAUAUACGAUUUUAUGUUCUGUUAGCCACUUUGGUUUGGUUUUGGCAUGAAUGAACCGUUUUGGGAGAGAUAUGAACUUCUGCAAGUAAACUAUGGUGUUGGCUUUAAGACUGUUUGGCCAAAUGAUCUUAUAAUUUUGAGAAUGUAAUUUCUGUUUCAAGGAAUUGAUUUUGGGAAAAAAAAACAAACUGUCUACAUUGGUGGCACUACUAAAUUUAAUUUAGUUGUAAAUUCAAUGAAAUGUGACACAGUACAAGAUAAGUGUCUUAUAAAUAUAAGUGGGAAUGGUAUUUUAAUAGUGAUCAUUCUACUGUCUUGUCAUCUCUGCUGGAAUCUCUGAUUGACUGAUAUGAGAAAUGUAAGAAUAUUACCUUAAUACCUUUGUAACUAUACUAAAUUGUUAGAGGUACCCAGGCUAACAUGCAUAAAUAUAGAGGUAGGGAUUAUCAUUAUUAUUAUCAUUAAUUAUUAUUAAUUAUUACUUUACAAAAAAUAGUAAUAAUGGACAGCAAGACACCAUUGCUUCAAAAAUUGGUUUGAGCACAGACCUAAAACCUUGCUUCCUAAUGCACAAGACUAGACACACACAAACUAAUAAACACGUCUAAAAACCUCAGGUAGGGUUUAACAAGAAGAAACUGAUGUUUGGGUUGGUCACCUGUCCAGACACAGUCUCAAGUUCUUGUUUUUUAAUGCAUAAGAUUAGACACAUGCAAUACAGUAAAUAAGUAAAUGUCACAAAAAAGUGGGCUAAUAAAUUGACACACAAAGACUGCAGAUUUCAGAAAAUAACAGAAGAAAUCUCUACACUCUACAAGAAGCAAUGAAGUCUGUAAAAUUAAAUAAUUAAAAAUAAAAAAAAUCACAAAAUUUUUAACUAUAAUGAUGAAAAUGGUAAUAUUAAUGAUGAUUAUAAUGAUGGUAAUAAUGAUAAAGAUUAUAACAACAAUGAUAAUAAUAAUAAUAAUAAUAUUACAAUGAAAAUAAUAACAGGGGAAACAAGACAGUGGCAUGAACAUGAUUAUAUCUUGCAAAAAGGGGUAGGCAUUUAUAAGCUUUUGCUUCAGCCUACUCCUUUUGGGCUUGGGAUCAGAUAGUUGAAUACAAAUGUAAAUAAUGGAAAGUUAUAUUUUGAUUGAUGUAAGAAAUGCACUGUAAUGAUUCACAUAUUUGCCCAAAUAAAGGGAA